AUGAGUAUAGAGUUCAAAAGCAGAAACAGUAGGAAUCAAGGUGAUUUAGAAAGUAAUACAAAUGAAACAAAAGAGAGUUCAUCCAUUAUUGAAUCAUUAAAAUAUGGCUCUAAUAAAUCAUCUUCACUCAAUUCUGCACUAGCCAGUUCAAAUCAUACUAAUACUUUAGCUAGUAAUGUUCGAGUAGUUGAGGUUCCACUUAAAGAGUCUGCAAUAUGGGUACAAAUGUUGAUUGGGUUCGUAACAGUAGUCAAAGCAACAGUUGGAACAGGGAUACUUUUUGCUCCCUAUGCAAUUGUUAAAUCGGGUUACAGUGUAAGUAUAGUGCUCAUUUUGGUUUAUUGGUUAUUAAAUAUAACUUGCACUCUUCUUAUGUUUCAAUGCGCUGAUGAAGUUAAUGAUACAUAUUCAAGUAUCGCCUUUGCAGCAAUGGGUAAAACCGGUAAAAUUCUGGCUGACAUUUCAAUCAUAUUUACGCAAUUAUCAUUUUGCGCAGUAUUUGUAACUUUUGUAACCAAAGCAAUACAAAAUGUAAUUUCUGGCAUUUAUGAUUGUGCACCAGCAUAUAUAGAAUACGGCACAGCAUUAAUUACCUUUAUCCAGCUUAUUGUAUAUAUUCCUAUGUCAUGUUUUGGUAGGAUUCAGUCAUUAGGCCCAGCUAUGAUAAUGGCAAAUAUUGCACUUUUUGUUGGCCUUGUUACAGUAUUCACCUACUCAGCUUUAGAACUAGCAACAAAUAUAUCAAAUAAUAAUAUGGCUGAAAUUUCAUAUUUCACAAAUUUAGAAUCGAUUGCAGGUCUUGUCGGUACCGCUGCGUUUUUGUGGGUAUCUGGCCCAGUUGUAAUAUCUUAUUAUGUGUCAAUUGCGGAUUACAAUGCGAGAAAAAGAUUUACUUGGUUAUAUUUUAUUGCAAUAACAUUUGUUUUUAUACUUACUGUAUCAUUUACUUUUGUUUCAGCUUUUGGAUAUGGCAAACAUACUUUUUCUGCAAUUACUUUAAAUCUUCCUAUUACAAUUGGAGCAAUGUCUGGUCAAAUCUUCUUUGCUAUUUCAAUUUUGCUUUCAUUUCCAUUAAUGAUCUUUCCAGUAAAAGAAAUUGUUACCAAAUAUAUCGAUAAUUAUUGGAAGAAACAUAACAAAAAUAAAAUUGUGGAAUUUAUUGUGCCUGCUGAACAGAUUAGACAACUUAGCAUUCAGAAAACACCAAGUAAAUUAAAUACUCCAAUUAUUUCUCAGAAAAACUCCCCUGGAAAGGAAAAUUUAAGUCCAAAUUCUGUUAAUUCGAAAUUAGGUUCAAAAAUCCUUCUUAGACAGCCAAGUGGAUCAAUUUCCUUUAAAAUUGAAAACUCCAAGAAAAAUUAUUCUUAUUACUUAGUCAAAGCAGCACCUUCACUCAUUGUGAUAAUAUUGAGUGUAGUUUGCUGUAUGACAGCCUUUUUCCUCAUCAACUCGCUCGGAAACUUUGUAAAUCUUGUUGGAGGUAUAUUUUGUGUUCCAAUCAGUAUUAUUCUUCCCGCACUCUUCCACCUAAUGUUGUUUAGAAAGAGAAUCUCACUUCCAAUUUUUAUUUUGGACAUUUUACUUAUAGUUUCUGGAGUAAUUACCUCAAUUAUUGUCAUUUGGUAUACAUUCUCUUCAUGGAGCGUUUCUAACGAAUCUAUUUGUAAUAUUAAACACUAA